AACUCUCUCUCUCUCUCUCUGUCUCCCGCUCUUUCUCCAUCGCAAUCGCAAUAAAGAAAAUGGGCUUUGAAGCUGUGAAGCUCUCGUCGCUCUCAUCCUCCACCAAGUCCAUCCUCUCCCGCGCCACAGCCAAGCCCUCUCUCUCUAACCUCCUCCCCCUCUCCUCCCUCGCGCCGCGCUCUUCUCACCUCAACAGGACCCACUUCGCGUUCCGGUCCAUAAAGCCUCCGCCUCGCCCCGUCGCCCCCGCCGCUCCCUGCGGUUUCGGCCCGUUGAGCCGUUCGAAGAGGAGCUUCCGCGGCGGCGUCGUUGGGUCGGUCCGGAAGUCGGAGGAGGAGUGGCAAGCGGUCCUGUCGCCCGAGCAGUUCCGUAUCCUGAGGCGGAAGGGCACGGAAUAUCCAGGCACGGGUGAAUACGACAAGUUUUUUGAAGAGGGGGUGUACAAUUGUGCAGGAUGCGGGACUCCUCUUUACAGGUCUACAACUAAAUUUAACUCCAGCUGCGGCUGGCCUGCUUUCUACGAGGGUCUACCAGGAGCUAUAAACUGCACUCCUGAUCCAGAUGGAAUGAGGACGGAAAUCACUUGUGCUGCCUGUGGCGGCCAUCUGGGUCACGUGUUCAAGGGUGAAGGGUUCCCGACACCGACCGAUGAGCGGCAUUGCGUCAAUAGUAUCUCACUCAAGUUUGUUCGUGCAAACUCUUAUCCUUCCCAGUAAAAACUUCUGCAGCAAGAUGGGUCGUUCACCAGAUGUGGCCUUCGACUGCUACUGUUAUCUGAGAUUGUUUGCUUCCAAUUUCCACACUAUGUACUAUAAGCCCUUCCCUUAAAUCCUUCUUCAUCUGGAUUGGAAUCGGAUAUUUGCUGCCCAUCUCUCGAGUAAAUAAAAGUCGAAAUCUUUUAUCUUGUUA